GCGGUAGUGGGGGGCAAAGGAGGCAGCAAAGGUGGAAGAAAUACUUCCCAGUGGGUCGCAUGGAAAUGCGAACCCCGGUGGGAGUGUUUCCUCCUCCGCUUUUGGACCCAGGGGCCAAGUCUCCGCCAACCACUGUGGUGAGAUUAUUCGGCAUGAUAAGAUUGCUAAAUGUCACACCUUCUUCUUCGACCUGGAGAAAGUUACACCAUUCGAGACGGUGAAGUUUAAGCCAGCUGGAGACUUAUCAAUUGUCGACAUGAGCGGAAGGAUCGUCUUCCAUUGCUUUGUCCUUCACCGUCCAGGCACCAUAAAGAACUUCCACACCGGGGUGUCUGCUGCGAAAUCUGCGAUGGGAAUUCCAAUGGAAAUGGUACGUUACUACUUAACGAAGUAUUUUUCGGGGAAGACACUGGUGGGGGCGGCAACAGUGGGUGACCUGAUGGCGUUGGAGUAUCAGGAGGGGGAAGAGACUCCAUUCCGCACGGAAGACGUGCAGGAUUUUUUCCGUGACCGAUUGGGCUCAAUAGGGCUAGCCGACUUGGCGUGGCACUUCCUCCAUCGAAAUGUCCAGGAGGACGCACAUUCCUCGGUUCAGGACGCCCGACUCACCCUGAUGGCCUGGAAGGAGAUGACGGCCUUGAAGAAGGCUGGCGUGACCACGUUCAGUUGCCCAGAGUUGGAGCAAAUGAGGGAGGAGAGGGCUAAUUUAGUGGGUCUGCCAGAGGGGGAGAAGAAAAGGGUUCGGUCUGAACAGAAGCGAAAGAGGGCGCAGAUGUGGACACGACAAAGUAAGGCGCAUUGCAACUGUCGCCGCAAGGAUAUGCAUCGUGGUGGGAUGAGUGAAUUGUGUAGCGUUGAGAGUGUCAAAGAUUAUCAUUUUGAAAAUAUUUUUGAAUGAAUAUUGUGUCAUCUCACAAUUAGCUAAUA